UGUUUUGACUGUAAAAAUAAUAUCGACAAAAUGACUUUGAAAUCAUGAUGCUCUUACAUGUAAAACGUCAAAUUUAAGUGACAAGACAUUUGAAAUUACACUUUACAUUCAUUCAAAAACCCAAAGGCUUAAAAACUUUAAAGAUUAGCUGAAGAGCAAAAAGUAGACGUUGAAAAAAAAAAAUGCUUUGGUAUAAAGGUUACUUAUGUGUCGUUUUUAUUUAUGUCUUGAUUGAAACACUUGAUGGACGGCACAUCAAAAAAUGGACCGCGAAAAAUAAAGUUUCACACAAAAGUCAAAGCACAAAGACCAAAAGAGAAGAAGUAACGGGAGACCUGGAAAUCGAUGGAAACAAAUUUCAAAGUAUUGGUUGCUAUCGGGAUGCUUGGAACCGAGUCAUUCCUGCCCUUGAAGGCGAGCACCAGUUACUAAUGGAACCUAACUACAAGGCAAGGAAGUACGCCUURCUGAAGUGCGCACGCGCAGCAGCUGACAAACAGCUCAAAAUAUUUGGYAUAGAAAAUGGUGGACAGUGUUUUGGGGCUGAGGAAGAGAAAAGCCUGAACAAAUAUGGAAAGGCGGUUGAAUGUGACGGCAAAGGAGGACCUUGGAGUCUACAAGCUUAUAAGUUUAAAGAUCUUUCGACGGACGGCGCCUUCACAGAUUGGUCCGCAUGGACCACAUGCAGCAAAACCUGCGGACAUGGAGUCAGGAGGCGCAUGCGCACCUGUACCAAUCCCACUCCGUCUAACGGUGGAAAGGAUUGCUCUGAACUAGGACCGAGUGUUGAAGGCGAGAUAUGUAAAGACAAGGAAUGUCCGACUAUGCUUCUCGACGAAGCUGAAUCUGGGAACACUGCUGAACCAACUCUGUCAACCACACCGCGCAACACCGCUGUACCUGCAGCCGCUACCUAUCGACCAACGAUUAUUCCUUUAAAAACAGAAAAAUCGAAACAGAAGGAAAAAUUAUCCAUCGAUUCGCCAACCAAGGUUAAAACUGACAGCCAUAAAGAUUCACCACAAGGGGAUGAAAACAUGAGCAGGGAAGAAACAAGUCAGUCUGGAAAGAAUGSGGGAGAAGGGUACKCACGAAAAACAGAAAAAGCAAGUAUAUCUGGGGUUGAUAAACCCCUUUUCGUGACGAAAGAAUCACCUGAGGGACGUGUAGAGCAGAGCCAAGAGUCUAGGUUAAACGCGCAUGCGCAGACGUCAGUGCCAUUUCAACAACUCAACGAACCAGAAGACCAAGCCUCCCCUCACGGUAACCUCGUGCCUCCAAUGGACCAAUCAGGGAACAUUAAACCACAUGGGCGAAUUAAUGAACAACAUAUUCCACCAGGCAUCGAUCCAAGCAUUGUGGAGGAUACCUACAAUGGUGGUCCUGUGGUGCCCAGUAGUGCAGUACAACUCAAUACUCCUCUUGGUCCAGUAGUGAUGGGUGAAGUCARUCCUUUCAGUACGACUAUCAACCCUGCUGAACAACAAAACGAUGAACAACAACCAGAUGAUUGCUUCUGUCCAAAGAAAGUGUGUAGUGCAAAGGCUGACAUAGGGUUCCUAGUUGAUGGUUCAUCGGACAUCCCUCAGGUGUACUUUGCGCAUGUCUUGGACUUCGUCAAAGCCCUGGCUCGAGGAUUUGACCCUCGUGGCAUACAAAUAAGUUUGGUUGCCUAUGGAGACGACGCAGCAACUGCUUUUGCAUUCAGUCMAAUCAAGAACGUCCAUGAAAUAKAUGACAGCAUUGAUGCAGUUAGCUACAUGGGAGGGGAUCCACGAACAGGAAACGCUUUAGUCAAAGUCAAGGAUGGCAUCUUUAAAAUGUACAGCAGGAAAGACGCUGAGCAUGCGUUGGUMCUUUUGACAAGCGGUAGCUCUGCUGAUGACUCRAAUCAAGCUGCUGCUGAACUGAGGAACACUGGAGUCAAGGUAACAGCUGUUGGUUUGGGUAAAUUAGCAAACGUGAAAGAGUUGAUCGAUAUUUCAUCGGAGCCGAAAUCUAGUCACGUGUUUACAGCGUUCCUUGACACUCUACCCGAUCUGCUGGAUGAUAUCGUGAAAGGGGUCUGUUCAGAUAUCAAAGGUAACCUUGCAGAUCGAUCUGAUAAGUGUUCUUGUGAAGCAAAGAAAGACCCAAAUAAAGAUUCGAUGCAUCAGCAACCAACGCAGCCUGAGUCAGGAAUGGAUUCAGUCAACAAACCAAGCCAUAAACCAAGCAACACGACACCUGAGCAGCAAGAAAAGCCGCCAUCUGAACUAACUCACAUUCCUGAUGACUCUAAACUGCACCCUUCUGCCACACAAUCUGAAGUAAGCCAUUUGAAAGUAGAUCAACUUGGUCUGACUCUGAGRCCAGUAAACCAGGAUAAACAGAAAUCGCCCAAACAACAAUCUGCUCCUGAAUCAGAAUCAAAAACCAAGGAAGCAAGUCAGGAGCAACACGUCUCAGCAUCCAAUCAACAAACGCCUCAAAUAGAUACAAAACCUGAAAAAGUAUUAGCCCCGGGUCAGCAGGCCCAAGAAACAGGUUCCAAGGAGGGAACACACGUACUGGCCCCGGGUCAGCAGGAAACAGAUUCGGAGGGAACACAAAUGUCAGGCCCCGGUCAGCAGACCCAAGAAACAGAUUCCAAGAAGGAGUCCAGUGAAGGGACAAAUUCUAUAGCAUCAAGUCAACAGACUUUAAAGACGAAUUCUAAAGACAACCAGAACAAACGACCAUCGUCAAACAGUAAGCCUAYAGACCAUAGUACUAGUCAUGAAGAGACAAGCACGCAGAAUACMAGUCAGCAGGUAGGAGGGGUUAAAGUACCUGGUUUAAAAUCRGACUCAAAAGAAGAACCGCCUGUUCCUGAUUUGAACAAAAACGAAAAAGGCGUUCCCAAAGAAGACGAAAAGACAAACGCCAAUUUUAGUGAUAUCAAGCUGUUAAAACAGCAAAGAAAAACUCAAAAUAGUCAGGAAACAGCUCCUGGAACAGCACCAAGACAGUACCAAGAACAAAGUAUCCAAAAUGUUGAUUCAAGUUUAAAAUUACAGCCAAAUGGUAAUGUAAAGCAGACUUUGACAGAUGAAACUAGUGCGAAACUACAAUCAAAUAAACCUCAAGAGGCUGUAGACACUGGGCCAUCUGCUGGGCCCUCUGGAUUAAAAGUUGCAGCACCAAAAGAAGAUGCUGCGCCAAAYCCAUCCGAAAAACAAGAAGCCAAGCAAGGCACCCCUCAGGGCGUAGAACAAAACUCCCCAGCAAAGCAACCAGCUUCCAACAACAGCAAGAAUACGCCUCCCGAAAAAAUUCUUGUCGCAACAGAAAGUUCAUCUCUUCCGUUAGCACUGAAUGCUACGAAGCAGAACUCGCCUGAGCAYGAGGGACACMAUGGAAAUAARACUGARMAUGAACAWCCAACUCAAGGUGAGGAAGAGGCACAGCAGUAUGAUGGUAAAGUAAACUUAAAUAAACAAGAAGGAAGCACAGCCACAAAUAAYCUUUCACAGUUGACUGGACCGCCACGUGGACAAAACAUGGAGCAAGAUAAAAGUCGACAGACAGAUCAAUCUGAGUAUGGACAACAGAUCAAAGAAUCUCAACAAACUGUGACUCAAACAGCUCAGACUCUUAAUCCAGGUCAGGCUAAUGUCAACAAAGCUGAGCCUGCGAUGCAAGAAAAUGGUGAACAGCAGUUUUCUGAAUUGGGACCUGGAGAGUAUAUUGGCCAGCCUCAAUUAAACAACAAAAACCCUGCGAUCAAAGAAAACAACCAACCAGAAACUCAAGAUUGCAGCGUUAAUUUAGGAGUGGUUCUUGACAGCAAGACUACAGCCUAUGGAGACGAUGAUAAUGCACAAAAACUUCUCCUGUUUGCCAAAAGGUUGACCCAUAUGUUCCCAGUAUCUCCCGAGGGCAACCGAGUGGGCAUGAUGGUAUACAGUGGGUCACCAAAGCUGAAGGUUGUACACUUUGAUCAUUUCUUGGAUCAGCACACCAUGGAUAAAGCUAUCGAUAGUGCAAGCUUUCUAAACAUGGAGAUCAAAACAGGUCGAGUAUUGAGCUUUGCCCAGCAGCAUCUCUUUUCAAGGAUUCCUUCUGGGAAACAAAACAUYCUUCUUCUCAUCACCGACGGCGUGUCUUACGAUGACGUCACAAGACCAGCCCUAGAGCUCAAGAGACGAGGAGUUGAAAUAUUUGUAGUUGGUGUUGGAAGAAAUAUCGUACGCAAUGAACUUGAAUCGAUUGCUUCGGAACCUGCUGAUGAUCACGUGAUCAUGACGUCAUAUGAGUUUUCGGAUGCCCUGCUUGAAGACGUAAAGCAUCGUAUUUGUACGUCUGCUCMACGGAGAGAAAAGAUAACAUCCCAGAGCCCCCCAUUGCAUGCUAACUGCGGAAAGGCAGACGUUGGAUUUCUGAUCGAUGGUUCCAGAACCGUUGAAGAACUCAGUCAAGGAAACUUUCAAAAAAUUCUAGAAUUCGUUAAAAAUGUCUCCAUGACUUUCCCAGUCUCUUUGGGGAAAGUUCGUAUUGGAGCUGUAGUUUACGGCACAGAGCCUUCUCUAGAAAUAUCUUUUAACAAUAUCAACUCAACCGAUGGGAUCCCUGCAGCAUUUGAUAGUAUAAGAUAUCCCGGGACCUCUUCUAUGACCGGUAGGGCUCUCGAGUUUGCUCGGCAUAAUCUAUUUUCUUUUCCGAAYACUCGCCGAGGGGUUCCGAAAGUUCUUGUCGUUCUUACCCAAGGAUCCUCGGAAGACAAUGUGAGAAAACCUUCGGAAGAACUCCACCGAGAUGGAGUCGAGGUGGUGUCGGUGGGACUUGGGUCUAUCUAUGAUCGAGUCGAGCUUGAAAGCAUGUCCUCAUUACCUGUAUCUGAUCAUGUUAUGACUACAGAUUAUCCUGAAUUGCCCAGUCAGACUGAAGAACUAAGAAAAAUGAUCUGUAAAAUUACCCGAAAUCAAGAACUAGAAAUUUAUUAAAAUUACGUUGGAAAGAAUCCAGGCACCUGUCACAUGUGAUAUACAUCGCAAAAACGUUGAAUUUGUCGUUAGCUUGACACUCCCCUACACCUAUUUAACAAAAUCAGUAUUUAACAACCAGCAAAAUAGGAAGACAGGCAUAUGUAUAUUGCGACUUGUCUUUCUCGCUUCUGYGCUACAAAUGUAAAACAGGUAAACAACAGGUUGCCGAACGAGUGCGGCGUUCGAUCACUCGAAGUGCAUGCAAGUGACUUAGGUGAUCCCAAACACAAAUGAACGAUAUUAAAUGAUUAUUAGUUAUUAUUCAUACAUCCAAGGAGUUACGUUAGUCUUAUAUGCAUACACUCAAUUGUAAAAUCAUUGUCGGGUUAAUAAGUAACAGAACACAGAAGCUGAAACCGAAAGA